AUGGUGUCCAACGUGUUUGCAGUUCCCGUCUUCUUCAUCUGCUUCAGAGAAUGUCUCGAGUGCACGAUCAUCGUGUCCAUCUUGCUGGCAUUCCUCAAGCAGAGCAUUGGCGGGCCUGAGCGAGAUCCAGCCAUAUACAAGCGGCUACUGAAACAGAUCUGGUUCGGGAUAGGACUCGGUCUGUUCAUCUGCUUGGCCGUUGGAGGCGCCUUCAUUGGCACCUUCUACGGCCUCGGAAAGGACAUCUUCGGCUCCACUGAGGACAUCUGGGAGGGUGCAUUCGGUCUCGUCGCCUCCAUUAUCAUCACCAUCAUGGGCAUUGGCUUGCUGCGCGUGUCCAAACUCCAAGACAAAUGGCGCGUCAAGAUCGCACAGGCCCUUGAGAAGCAUCACUCUGGUCAGGGACUAGGCAUGAAAUCUCGCUUCAAGCUUUGGUGCGAGAAAUACGCCAUGUUCUUGCUGCCAUUCAUCACGGUCCUUCGUGAAGGUCUGGAGGCUGUCGUCUUCAUUGGCGGUGUUGGCCUUGGCCUGCCGGCAGCAUCUUUCCCUUUGGCUGUCAUCUGCGGCCUGUUGGCAGGAAUUGCGAUCGGUUACCUCAUCUACCGUGGUGGAAACUCCGCCAAGCUUCAGAUCUUCCUCAUCAUUUCGACCUGCUUCUUGUACUUGGUCGCCGCCGGUCUCUUCUCCAGGGCCGUGUGGAACUUCGAGAUGAACGCAUGGAGCGAUAUUACCGGCGGUGACGCUGCUGAAACCGGCUCCGGGCCAGGUUCCUACGACAUCCGCAAAAGUGUCUGGCACGUCAACUGCUGCAACCCAGAGGUGAACGGCGGUGGCGGCUGGGGUAUCUUCAACUCCCUCUUCGGCUGGACCAACUCUGCAACCAUCGGCUCAGUGCUUGCGUAUAACCUGUACUGGCUAACCGUCAUCGUUGCCUUCGGCGCCCUCGGCUUCUACGAGAAACGCGGCCACUGGCCAUUCCUCAAGGCUAAGGCUCGCACCAGCGAUGACGAGAAUGCCGACAGCGAUCAAUCCAGUCAAGACCAGGUCUCGACCGAGAAGAAAACCGGUGUUGUCGAAGUCAAGAGCGAGAACCGUGGCCUAUCGUUGUCAUGA